AAAAUGAAUCUCUUUUUCUUAUAUUAUCGUGUGAUAUGUUUAGUGUAACUCUGAAGCCGUUCACAAUAAGAUUCCCAAAGUGAGUUCUGUUGUGGUGGAUUUCUCUCAGCUGGAGAUCUGGGCUGACGUUCAGGUGUGGCGUCAGGCGGCGACUCAGGUCUUCUUUGCUCUGGGUUUGGGUUUCGGUUCUGUGAUCGCAUAUUCUUCCUACAACCCGCGGAACAACAACUGCCAUCGAGAUGCACUCACCGUGUCUGGCGUCAACUUCAUGACGUCUGUUCUGGCCACGCUGGUGGUGUUUGCUGUGCUGGGCUUCAGAGCCAAAACCAUUGCCACAGAGUGUGUUAAACGUAACGUGAAGGCCGUGUUUGAAGCGAUGUCCAGCACUCAACUCCCUGACCUCCUCAUCAAUGCAUCAGAUGUGGAGAGCAUCACAUUGAACGAGUAUGAGGACUGGUACAGGAUUCAGGGCCAGCAGCUGAAUAUCCCCGGUUACAACAUCACCGCCUGCAGCCUGGAGGACGAGCUUAAACAG